AUGGCCAGUUGUGGAUGUCUCUAUCAUCAAAAGUGUCUCGAAAAACAUAUACUAACUGUGGGAGCGAGAUGUCCGAAUAUGGGAUGCAGAUACAAAGACAUUGAAACCUCCUUCACCUCAGAUAUUAGUGAGACAGGAACACAAGAUCCAAUGGAGAUAUCACCACAAUUAUCCACGAUAGCUGGGCAGAAGGACCUUUCUAGCUUUAUGACUGGAGAUCCUCAAUUAUUCGAAAGUGACCCCUUGCAGAGCGACACGAAUAAUAAAGCUCAAGAAAAAGAUACUGCCCACACAAUAGAUGAGAAUGCUUCACCGCUCAAGCCAACUACUGAAAUAUGCUCCAAGUGCUCCGAAUCCAUCUCUUCAGAGCGAUCAAAGCCGGUCGUAUUAUUGACGUGUAAACAUGUUAUCCAUUUCGAGUGUAUCGCUAGCAAGCGUAACUUAUGUCCUAAAUGUCCAUCGGCGGAUGAUCUGGAAAAAGAAGGAUAUUAUAUCUCACCUAGCAUCUCACUUAACGAAGCUCCCAAAAAGAAAAGGAAGAAAGAGGAAGAUAACGUUCAUGAAAAUAAGCCUAGGAGGAUCCCAAAACCGCAAGUCAUAAUUCGAGAGUUAUCAGUCGUGGAAAUUUCCGAUGAAUCAUCAAUCACUGCACCUUCCGAAGAUUCCAACAUGGAAGAGAUAUCCACUAAACUCUAUCGCCUGUAUUAUGAAGUUGAUAAUGUUGAAAAGAGCGGGAAUCAAACAAAUCGGAAUGUUAUUUAUCGUUAUUUUCAGUUCGGGAAAGCUCUAUCAGAACGACUCAUUGAAUUAUUGAAGAGUAAACCCCCGCAAACGACAUAUACAGAACUGAACGGUGAAGUUAGAGAACAUCUUCCGAAAAACCUCAAUAAUGCUAUGGUACGAAAGAGAACAGACACUGCUAGAAAAAUUUAUGAUGUAUUUAGCAAAAUUGGAGAAGAUAAAAUUUCGCGCGUUAAAUCAUUUACUGCAUCUAGCUUUUCUGACUUAACUAGAAGUGAGGUCAAAUAUAUCAUCGAAAACUUCCCCUCUGAUAAAUAA